AUGGGUACCGUAGAUACCUGCCACGUGGUGGCCGUGCCGUAUCCCGGACGCGGCCACAUCAAUCCGAUGAUGAACCUCUGUGAGCUGGUGUCCGGAAAGAGCAGUAAUAUUCUAAUUACCUUCGUACUGACAGAGGAGUGGCUCGGUUUCAUCGGCUCCGAUAAUAAGUCGGCUAACAUUCUCUUCGUCACCAUUCCGAACGUCGUGCCUUCGGAGAAAGUCCGGGGAUCCGACCCGCGGGGGUUCGCCUUGGCUGUGUGGGACAAAAUGGAAGAGCCAAUCGAACAACUCUUGGAUAAGCUUCAGUUUUCUCCGGCUCUGAUUAUUGCCGACGCUUUUCUUCCAUGGGCGGCUGAUGUGGCAGCUAGAAGGAAUAUUCCGUUGGCUUCACUCUGGCCGAUGUCGGCGUUGGUAUUUUCGGUACUUCACCAUUUUGACCUAAUCAUCCAACACGGCCACUUCCCCAUCAAUUUACCAGUAAAUGGAAAGGAUCUUAUCGACUACAUUCCCGGGCUUUCUCCUAUACAAGUAGCAGACCUUCCGUUGGCGAUGAGGUCCCCGGAAAAAGUCCCCUCAUUUCUUAAACUCAUCACCCAAGCAUUAAAGGCACAAUACCUUAUAAUGUCUUCUAUUUACAAACUCGAAACUCAAGUAAUUGAAACCCUAAAGGCGAUAAUCUCGCCUCCAAUCUUUACUCUUGGCCCUGCUACAUCAUAUUUCAAAGUGAAGAAGAGUGUACGAAGUAUUAAUGAUUUUGACUACUUGAGAUGGUUGGACAAUCAAACUCCAACUUCUGUCCUGUAUAUCGCUCUUGGUAGCUACUUGUCAAUUUCAAGCUCCCAAAUGGACGAAAUUAUAGCUGGAUUGUACGGAGGUGGAAUUCGUUUUUUAUGGGUAGCACAAGGUGAAACAUCGAGAACACAAGAUUUUUGUCGAGAAAAUGGGUUGGUUGUGCCUUGGUGUGAUCAGUUGAGUGUACUAUGCCAUCCUUCUAUUGGGGGUUUCUUGUCACACUGCGGGUGGAAUUCUAUAAAAGAAGCUGUUCUAUCGGGUGUUCCUAUUCUUACUUUCCCUAUAUUGCUGGAUCAAGUGCCGAAUGCUAAGAUGAUUGUCGAAGAUUGGCAAAUUGGAUGGAAGGUGAAAACAAUAUUCGAGGAAGAAAAUAUGAUAAAUAGAGAUGAAAUUGCACAACUUGUGCAGAGGUUUAUGAACUUGGAGACUCGGGAGAGGAAACAACUUGAGAAAAAGGUUAGAGAAAUUCAACAAGUUUGUGACACAGAAUUUGCAGAUGGUGGAUCUUUUCAAGAUAACCUAGAUGGUUUCACUAAAUCGAUUUUGCAAUACCAUCAGCAUUGA